AUGGACCUUACAGAGAUGGAAAACGGAGGACAAAGGCCUAAGUGGAACAACCGGUCACUUUUUAUAUGUUUUUCUCUAUUGUUUUUUUGGGAGCGAGUAUCGGCUCAGAUCAAGUACUCUGUACCUGAAGAAAAGAAAGAGGGAUCAAUUGCGGGAAAUAUUGCUAAGGAUUUAGGUCUUGAUAUCAAUACUUUAGGGGACAGGCGGUUCCGCAUUGUUUCUGCAUCCAGUGAAGGACUUUUUCAGGUAAACGAGAAAAAUGGUAUUUUGUACGUUGUUAAAAAAAUUGACAGAGAGCAAAUAUGUGAUGGUAAUGGUGUCUGUUUAAUUAAUCUGAAAGUUGUCGUCGAAAAUCCUCUGGAGGUCCAUUACGUGGAGGUUGAAAUCACUGAUGUAAACGACCAUUCGCCUACUUUUACGGAGAGAGAACAGCUGUUUGAAAUUCCAGAAUCUGCUUUGGCAGGGGAAGAUUUUCAGAUGCAGGCAGCACAGGAUCUUGAUUUUGGUAUUAAUUCAAUUCGAUUUUAUAAACUAAGUCAAAAUGAACAUUUUGAACUAGAAAUUCGAGGAAGUGGGGAAGAGCGGAAAAUCCCUGUUUUAAAGUUGCGUAAAUCAUUGGACAGGGAACAACAAAGCAAACAUAAUUUGGUAUUAACAGCAGUUGAUGGUGGAAAUCCCCCACUAUCGGGAAGCAUUAACAUUAAUAUCACAGUACUUGAUGACAAUGAUAACAGACCCAAAUUUACCCAGGAACUGUAUUCUGUCACAAUACAAGAAAACUGUCCAAUUGGAUUUUUUGUUGUAAAAGUAAACGCCACUGAUGUAGACGAAGGCCAAAAUGGUGAAAUUGUUUAUUCAUUUGUUAAAAACCUUGACAAAGAGGUGUACGAUACAUUUGCGUUAGACACAAUUACAGGGGAAAUCAGCGUUCAAGGCAUCAUAGAUUUUGAAAUUAAUAAUAUUUACAGAGUUGGGAUAACUGCAUCGGAUAAGGGACAACCACCGAAGGUAAGCAAUUGUAGAGUUCUAAUUAAAGUUGAUGAUAUAAAUGACAACAAACCCGAGAUAGAUGUCACUUCUGUCUCUGAUGUAGUACUGGAGAAUUCUAAUCCAGGAACUGUAAUUUCUUUGAUCGGUAUAACUGACAAGGACUCUGGAAUUAACGGAAAAGUUGUUUGCAGCCUUUCAGAAGACGUGCCAUUUGAAUUGAAGCCGUCAUUUAAAGAAAACCUCUAUUCUUUAGUGACCAGUGGACGUUUAGAUCGAGAGAUUAUAUCCCAUUACGAAAUAACCAUAACAGCUAAAGAUUUGGGACAGCCGUCCCUUUCCUCACUAAAGAUGGUAAGCGUACAAAUAUCAGAUGUAAAUGACAACAGUCCAGAAUUUACCCAGAACCCUGUUGAGUUAUACCUAGUUGAAAAUAACGCCCCAGGUGGGUCCAUAAUUUCUAUUCAAGCUUUUGACAAAGAUUUAAAUGAAAAUGCAGUGCUAACGUAUCAACUUAUUAAAGGAGGGGAGCAAAAUGAUAUAGUGUCCUUUCUUAACAUUAAUUCGGAAACGGGAGUUAUUCAUGCGCUUAAAGCAUUUGACUAUGAAACAACUAAAACGUUUCAGUUCCACGUUGUUGCUUUUGACUCUGGAACUCCGUCACUGAGCAGCAACGUCACAGUAAAAGUGUUCAUUUUGGAUCAGAACGACAACGUUCCCGUAAUAUUAUAUCCAGUCAGCGGUAACGGUUCUGCUGAAGGUGUAGAGGAGAUUUAUCGCAAUGUGAAUGCAGGUCAUUUGGUGACUAAAGUAAGAGCAUAUGACGCAGAUAUUGGAUACAACGGGUGGUUAUUAUUUUCACUACAGGAAGUCAGUGGCCACAGUCUUUUUGGUUUGGACAGAUACACAGGACAAAUAAGAACAUUGCGCUCCUUUACAGAAACAGACGAGACUGAGCAUAAACUGGUCAUAUUCGUCAAAGACAAUGGCAACAUUUCCCUUUCUGCAACUGCUACUGUGAUCAUCAAAGUUGUGGAACCAAAAGAGUCUUUUGCAGUGUCUGAUGCUAAAACUACAAUGAAAGGCGAAAAGGAAUAUAACAUUACGUCUUAUUUAAUUAUUACCUUAGGCUCAGUUUCAGUGCUUUUUAUCAUUAGCAUCGUCAUGCUGAUUGUAAUGCAGUGUUCCAAAACAACAGACUGCGCAUCAAAAUAUUUACAAGAGACCACUUACGACGGAACACUGUGUCACAGCAUUCAGUACAGGUCUGGAGAUAAGCGAUACAUGCUAGUUGGACCCAGAAUGAGUAUUGGUUCAACUAUAAUUUCGGGCAAUAACGGCAAUACUCUAGUUAUACCAGAUCGCAAGAGAAAAGCUUCUGGAGAGGUAAGGCUUAAGUUUAUUACAUGUUUAUUUUUCUUUCUUUCUUUUUUACAAGGCAUUAUUGCAGGAUAUUUUGUAUUACUGCUCAUUUUAGUUUAG